UGAAACUUUUUGUUGGACAAAAAUAUCUUUAACAUUUCACAAAAAGACCUCUUAUACCCCAUUAAGAAAAAGAAACCCCUCUUCUCUCUUCUCCUCUCUCAUAAACAUCAGCUCUUUCUCUCUCCUGAAACACAAACCCCUGAAGGCCAAAAAUCAUCACCGACGACAUGCAAUCUGGUCCUCCGGCGCCACCAUUUCGUCCACCCAAGAGGACACAACCAAGCAAUAAUAAGGAGAAAGAUAUAAAUCUCAGUGGUUCUCCUCAUCCAAAUCAUCCCAAUAUGUCACAAACAAGAAGUUCUGCCAAUGAGAUUGCAUUGUGUUGUUUCGGAGGAGGAUAAAAUCCCUUACAUAGGGCGCAAAGGUAUCCCUACACAAAAUGUGUUAGCAAUUUGUGACUUUGACAUGUUAUUUACAUAUUUUGUUGCUGGAUGGCCGGGAUCUGUUCAUGAUAAUCGAAUCUUAAAGGAUGCAAUGGAAGACCCCAAGAAAUAUUUCCCUCAUCCACCCGAAGGAAAAUAUUAUGUUGUUGACGUGGGUUAUCCGAAUAUGAAAGGAUUUUUAGCUCCUUUCAAAGGUGAACGAUACCAUGUUCCUGAUUUUCGUCGUUCAACACAACCUCCAAAUGGUUUCUAUGAAGUCUUUAAUUAUUCACAUUCGUCGUUGAGAAACGUUAUAGAGAGAACAUUUGGUGUCUGGAAAAAAAGAUGGAGGAUAUUAUCAAUUAUGCCCAGCUUUCCGUUGGAAACUCAAAAGAAACUUGUUGCAGCUACUAUGGCUAUGCAUAACUAUAUAAGAAGACACGCGCUUGAAGAUUUGGAAUUUGAUAAAUGUGAUGCAGAUCCUUAUUAUAUACCUGAAGUUGAAGGGGAUGUGGAUAUUGGAGGCAACCCGGUAACUACUCUUGAAGAACAUGAUGGAUCAAUGGAUGAUUUUAGUAUGGAGUCUAUUCGCUACAAUAUUGCAACUUCUCUAAUGAGUCGUUGAUUGUAACAUUAUUGGAUCUUUUAUUAGGAAUAAUUAUAUUAGACAUUAUGUUUGUAAUUAUGAACGUAUGAAACUUUUGGAUAUGAAUUAUUAAUAUGAAAUUUAAAAAUCUAAGUAUUUAGACUUA